CAUCUCCAUGUCCACUGCCAAGCGUUUAGUAUUGUCCUUUCGUGGACGAAAUCAAUCAUCAUAUCAAAGUGGUGGUGCAGGUGGGUGUGCUCCCACCUCUAGUAAUAGCAGACUGGUGAGUUCAUCAGGUGGUGGCGUUAUUACGCCAGAUAGUACUCACGAAUUAGAUGAAAUCGCUAUCGUUUCAAGUAAUGCUGAUCCGUGUCAUGUUAAAUAUGGUAGUGGACCAUUAUUAGUGAAUGGACCUCGUUUAGUUCCUGGUAUAAUAACAUCAUCACGUGGUACAUCACAUGGUGCUAAUAGUGUUGGACAUCAUUCACCAGAUCAAAUACGAAAUACAUGUUUUGGUGAUAGUAGCGGCCGAUUAGAUGCAAAUAGUUCAAGUAUAUUAAUAUCGUCAUCGCCACCGAUCCGACGUAGUGCAUUAAAUGAUUCAUCACAGCAUCAACAUCAUAUAAAUAAUCAUCCUGGAACACAUUCUAGACCACACCAUCACCAUCACUACCAAUAUUUCCAUAAUUCGACAAAACAUAGUUGUGAAACAAUUGCCAGAGGAAUUAAAUCUGUAUCACGUCAAAGUUUAUUAGAUUUAGUAAGUGGUAAACUUGGAAUGAGCAAAUCGACACGACAAUUAGUAUCUAGUCAAAAUUACCUACAUCACUACACAAGCCGUGAUAGUUUAAAUUAUUCGGCGGGUGCACCAACCUCAUAUGCAGAUGAUAACAUAACGACAACGUUCAACGAACCCUCCCAUUAUCUGCACCAUGGUGAUACCACAUGCACGACCACCAAUCAAAUACAACGUUUACAUGCUGUCUCGAAUGCAGCUAGUGAAUUAGAUUUAUCCCGAAAAACUCGUCGGCGUGAUUUACGCGGACGCUUAAAAUUACCUUCAGGAGCAGCAGCAGCAUUGGCUGCAGCAUCAAGUGGCGGUGAUGCACCAUUAUUAGGACCACCAUGGCGUUCUGGAUACGAUUGUAGUUCAAUGUCCGCGGGUGGAACAAAUGUACAAUCAACGAAUCAUUUAAAUUCAACGGCAUCGAGUUGUAAUGGUACGGAAAGUCGAUAUGGAUUCCGGCGUGGUGAAACAUAUCAUUCUAGAUUUCGUACGGGUGCACCAAAUUGGUCAUUUGUGUUUGAUCCGGCUGGACGAUUAUGUUACUAUUGGUCAAUGGUUGUAUCGUUAGCAUUUUUAUAUAAUUUUUGGGUGAUUAUUUAUCGAUUUGCAUUUCAAGAAAUUAAUGGUGAAACACUUGCAGUAUGGUUCUCCUUAGAUUACCUAUCAGAUUUUUUAUAUUUAGCUGAUAUUGUAUUCCAUUUUCGUACCGGAUAUUUAGAAGAUGGUGUCCUUCAAACCGAUAGUACCAAAUUACGGCAUCAUUACAUGAAUUCCACAACAUUUUACAUAGAUUGUUUAUGUUUAUUACCGUUAGACUUUUUAUACUUGUCAAUUGGUUUCAAUUCAAUUUUACGAUCAUUUCGCUUAGUGAAAAUUUACCGUUUCUGGGCGUUUAUGGAUCGUACAGAACGUCAUACAAAUUAUCCGAAUUUAUUUCGUUCGACAAGUUUAAUACAUUAUUUAUUAGUGAUAUUCCAUUGGAAUGGUUGUUUAUAUCAUAUAAUCUAUAAGAAUAAUGGUUUUGGAUCAAAAGAUUGGGUAUUCCGUGAUUCGGAGAGUGCCGAUGUUGUUAAACAGUAUUUACAAAGUUAUUAUUGGUGUACGCUAGCGUUAACAACAAUUGGUGAUUUACCGCGACCACGUAGCAAAGGCGAAUAUUUAUUUGUAAUUUUACAAUUAUUGUUUGGUUUAAUGUUAUUCGCUACGGUUUUGGGACAUGUUGCGAAUAUCGUUACUUCCGUAUCGGCAGCUCGAAAAGAAUUUCAAGCAAAGUUAGAUGGUGUAAAAACGUACAUGCGUAUGAGACGUGUUCCAAAUCAUUUACAAGUGAAAGUGAUUAAAUGGUUUGAUUAUUUAUGGUUAACACAGAAAUGUUCAGACGAGGAAAAAGCUGUAUCAUGUUUACCGGAUAAAUUGAAAGCGGAAAUUGCGAUAAAUGUACAUUUGGAUACGUUGAAACGAGUGGAAAUCUUUCAAAAUACAGAAGCAGGAUUUUUAUGUGAACUUGUUUUACGACUGCGUCCAGUAUUGUUUUCACCAGGGGAUUAUAUUUGUCGAAAAGGCGAAGUUGGAAAAGAAAUGUAUAUAGUAAAUCGUGGACGUUUACAAGUUGUGGCAGAUAAUGGUAAAACCGUUUUGGCAACGUUAAAAGCUGGCAGUUAUUUUGGUGAGAUCAGCAUAUUAAACAUGGGAACCGCAGGUAAACAUCUUGGAAAUCGUCGUACAGCAAGUGUUCGAUCUGUUGGCUACAGCGAUUUAUUUGUAUUAAGUAAAAAAGAUAUGUGGGAUGUAUUAAAAGAAUAUCCAGCCGCUCGUGUACGAUUAGAAGCGAUUGCUGUUAAACGAUUAGAGAAAUAUAAACGAGCACCAUUAGAAAAAGCUGCAAUGGGUCGCAGUCAAUCAACACCUGGUUUAAUCGAAUCUCGCGGUCGUAUACCGUUAGAAGAAAUGUGGAUCCCUCCGAUACACACCGUUCCCACGUUACCAUCUAGCGGUGGUGGUACAGCACCGCCAUCUUAUCAACAUAGUCAACAUUCAUCGAUGUUCUCACCGAUGGAAAUGUUGGAUAAUAAUAUCCUAGAUGAUGAUGUCAUCAGCUAUCAUCGGUAUAGUGGUGGUGCAGGGGGUGCAGGUGGUACUGGAGGUGGUGGUGCAACAACAACAUCGGGCGGUGUAGUUGGACCAUCAGAUAGUCCAAUCAGUGUAGCUAGUAGUGGUGCAUUUAGUUCAAUACAUCAUCAUCAUCAUCACCAUCAUCAGAGGCAUGGACGUCAAGGAAGUUGUCCUGGUGGUGUGCCUGGUACACCAGGUUCAAUUAGUAUACCACCAUCAUCCAUACGUUGUGAUAGUAUUACGGGUUUAUCGGAUGGACAAUCAUUAGGUGGGGGUGGGGAUGGCACUACACCUUUACUCUUAUUAGGUACAAGUAUCGGUGGUGCUAGUGGUUCACAUGAAGCGCUUGAAGCCGAAAUCAAACGUUUACAAGAAAAACUGCACAUAGUUGAAACGGAGAAUGCAGCAAUGAGUAUGAAACUAUCGAAUCAACAAUGGGAUCUAGAAACACGUAUCGCUGAUAUUGAAAUGCAUAUUUGUAGUGGGGGUGUUGGUGCUAGCACCCAACAUUUAAAUGGUAAUAGUAAUGAUAACAGUGGUAAUAGUAAUAAUGGUAAUGGCAAUGGUAAUAAUGAUAAUAAUGGUGGUGAUGAUCAAGCAUGUACAUCAUCCACAUCCAGUUUAGAUGAACAUGAACGUAAUAAAGAAUCUGUCAUUUAACAACACCCCCCACUACCAUACAAUGUUACAUACAAUGUUGGUAGUCAAUUUAAACAUUAUUAUACACGAGCACAAUCAACAACAACAACAACAACAACAAUUGUAUGUCAUUAUAUUAUUUAAAUUUCGAGAACAUCCCAACAAACAACACACAAACACCGGAAUCCGAAUCCAAAUACAACAUCACCGA